AGCAGUUAUUUCGAGAGCGACAGCUCGACGACGACUACGACGAGUCUGGCACUUCGCCCCGAGCUUUCCUCGCGCAUCCGAGUUAGUUGCUCGUGCCGUAUCUCUCUCGUGCCGUUUCUAUCUCGUGUCGUUUCUAUCUCGUGUCGGUUUCUCUCUCCUCGCGUUCUCCUCGACUUCUCCAGUGUCCACUUUGGGAACGAAUAAAACAACAAAUACAUUUACCAGUGGGAGGAUAUAAACAAAACAACAAUAAUAUUCUCAACUACAAACUGACAAUACACACAUCCAAUUGCAAACAACACAAUAUCAUCUUCUCUCUCUCUCUCUCUCUCUCUUGCAAUCUGUCGUGUGCAGCAAUUACUUAUUCUCGUGUAUAUGUGUGUGAUCAUUAUUAAUUAAUAUUAUUUAAUCGUGGAAUUGAUCGAGUUAUGGUCGAGGAAUUAUAUUACGAAUAAUAAUAAUAAGAAGAAGAAGAAGAAGAAGAAGAGGAAGAAGAAGAAGAGGAGGAAGAGAAGGGAUAAUGGGAAGAGGGAAGAAGGAUUUAUAACGACGGUACGAGAGUUAAGCCUGAAACAACAUAAGAAAAUGCACGUUCAGUGAAUCAGCUUCCUUUCGAACGAAAUUUUCUUAAUAAACGAGUUCUGUUAAAAGAAUUUCAUAGAAAAAUAAUACAAAAUAAAACACCCCUUUGACUACGUUUGAAUUAAUAGACAAUUCGAAAUUGAAUUUGAAAAGCACGCUGCUGCUAGUGGUGGUGGUGGUGGUAGAUGGUGGUGAUGAUGGUGCUGGUGUCUUUCUUAGUCUCUUGAAAAUUUGUCGAGAGCGUUCUUGAGAGUUUUGAGAAAAAACAGAAUACGCGUGCGAACGUGCCUUCUCGUUACGAGAGAAGAAACAGAAGGCUAGAUAUCUCUUUUUCUCUCAGUUACAAAGAAAAUUAAGCGAACAAGAAAAAAAAAAGAAGAAAAAAAAAAGGAACAAGAGGAAAAGAAGUUGGACGUGGUGAAGGUGGAGAAACGUUAAAAAAUCAAAUAAGAGGAGGAACAAACUCGAAAGGGAGGAUACGCACACAUCAUCGUGGAUAACACACUAAAUGCCUCGUUCGUAGCAUCGAUCAUUUAUAGAAGGUGACGAGGAGGAGGAGGAGGAGACCGGAACGAAACGGAAUCGAACGGAAUUUUGAAGAAAUGGCACUGAGAAAUUUCUUCAUUCUAGGAAUUCUUGGGAUCUUGGAAAUCGUCUACGUUCGUGGACGGUUGAUUCAAUUAGAUCCCUUGAAUUCGGACAUCGCCGUGUCCAAAGGCGAGAAGUUGACUUUACGGUGUUUACCAGAGUCCACAGGAAAAAUUACGUGGUACAAGGAAAACGAGGUGCUUCGUCAUACAUCUGUAAGGCCGCGAGUGAUUAAACAAAACCUCAAAUUUAAAUACUUCGAUUCUCGUGACGCCGGAACUUAUGGUUGCCUAAUCGAAAACAAUAAUGAUUACAAUAAAACGAUCGAAUGGAGGAACGUGACACUGCGUGUGGAUGAAGCCUUACAAAACGAUGGCUAUCGCGAAGAGGAUGGAAAAAUUGGGAACGUUCUUGAAGCCCUUAGACCAAGGGAUGAAAUUAAUGAACUUGAAAUCGAAACUAGAAAUCUACCAGAGACUCGAUCGUUGCACUUGGACAGUGAAAAAUCAGACGCCGAAUUGGACAACAAUAAAGGCGAGAACGAAAUGGUCGGUGAACACAACAAAACGUUACCCGAUCGUCCACCAUCAUUCAACAAUAAUGACGAGAUGCACAAGCCAGUCGUAAAACCGGCUGGAAAUAUGGUACGACUUAAGUGUCCAAGCGUCGGUAAUCCUACGCCUAACAUAACCUGGUUAAAGAACAACGAAGAACCCAAGAGAUCGCUCGGUACAAUUAUUAGAACUAAAUGGACGCUGAGACUGGAAGACCUCGUACCUGAUGACAGUGGGAACUAUACUUGCAUUGUAUGCAAUCACCUUGGUUGCAUUAAUCAUACAUUCAAGGUCGACAUUAUAGAGACCGUGAGGCAUCGACCAAUCCUGACACGACCCCCACGAAAUACGACAGUCGUCGUAGGAAGCAACGCUAGUAUGACUUGUGAGGUCUUAUCGGCUGCCCAUCGUCAUCUUGAAUGGUACCACGGUUACCAUACGUCUUUCGAUACAGUCAACAAAACAAAUCAAACUGUCAGGGUGGAGGUUAAGGCUGGGAUAGUUGAAAAUCCAGAAGAACUGAAGCUUUACAACGUAACUGAAAAGGACGAAGGAUGGUACACUUGUAUAGCACAGAACACAUUAGGGGAAACCUUCAGCAGUGCUUACCUUCGUGUCGUCGAAACGUUGGAGGAGAACCGUGUACCGCUAGCGGCAAGACCACAAAUCCUGGUGAACGUUUUGGCUGCUGUCUUGUGCGUUUUCUUCGCCGUUGGAGUCAUCGUCGUAAUCUACAUAUUUCAUCGUUUGAAACGCGAGAAGAUGAAGAAGCUAUUGGCUAUUGAAACUGCACGUGCUGCUGUGGUCACCCAAUGGACGAAAAAGGUUAUCGUGGAGAAGACCAAACAGGUUAAUGCACAGAACGUUCAGGAACCACUUUUGAUGCCUGUUGUCAAGAUUGAAAAACAAAAAUCGACAAUUACGUCGGAUGAUAGCAACGGUGGUAGUAUUUCGGAAUACGAAUUACCGUUGGAUAGCGCUUGGGAACUUCCUAGGGAACAAUUGAAAUUGGAUAAUACUCUUGGAGAAGGUGCUUUUGGAAAAGUCAUCAGAGCACAAACCAAUACUGGAAGACCGGGUAUACCUAGCGUCGUUGCUGUUAAAAUGUUAAAAGAGAGUCACACGGAUGCCGAGAUGAUGGAUCUCGUAUCGGAAAUGGAAAUGAUGAAGAUGAUAGGCAAACACGUUAACAUAAUAAACCUAUUGGGUGCCUGUACACAAGGCGGACCACUUUACGUGAUCGUCGAAUUUGCACCUAACGGUAAUCUUCGAGAUUUCCUUCGCAUUCAUCGACCUAGCGCAACCCCUGCUUUUCAAUCAACAAUCGGUCAGGAAGAAAAGGAACGCAAGACUCUAACCCAAAAGGAUUUGGUAUCGUUUGCUUAUCAAGUGGCACGUGGAAUGGAAUAUCUUGCAAGUAGAAGAUGUAUUCAUAGAGACCUGGCAGCACGAAAUGUACUCGUUAGCGACGAAUAUAUCCUCAAGAUCGCGGACUUUGGUCUUGCCAGGGAUAUACACUGUCACGAUUACUAUAGAAAAACAACGGAUGGAAGGUUGCCUGUUAAAUGGAUGGCACCGGAGGCUCUUUUUCAUCGUGUCUACACCACUCAGUCCGACGUAUGGUCGUACGGAGUUCUGUUGUGGGAAAUAAUGACACUGGGUGGCACACCAUAUCCAUCCGUACCCUCGGUCGAGAAACUUUUUCAAUUGCUGAGGACGGGACACAGGAUGGAAAAGCCACCUUGUUGCUCGAUCGAAAUAUAUAUGCUUAUGAGAGACUGUUGGAGUUAUCAACCAACGGAGAGACCAACAUUUGGUGAAUUGGUUGAAGAUCUCGAUAGGAUAUUAACGAUAACUGCUAACGAGGAAUAUUUAGAUCUCGGUCUACCCCAAUUGGACACCCCACCGUCCAGUCAGGAAUCAAGCGACGAUGCCGAGGACGAAGAAACCGGCGAACAAUUUCCGUACCUGUUAUAAAACUUUCAGUAAAAAAAAAAAAAAAAAGAAAAGCUGAUAUUUACAAAAAGAAAAAAGAAAGCCGCGCUAUGAAAGCUGCGUUUUAUCAGGGCCAAGGAUUAUCUCAAUCCUUGCCUUUUGAAUAAGCCAAAAAAAAAAGAAAAGAAAAAGCAAAUUCAAUCAUUGCGAGAGCGUAAACGACUGAUAUUCAACACAAGCACGCCAAAUAAUGCAAAUCAGUAUUUACCUAUAGUAGAAAGAAAGAAAGAGAAGGUGUAUAAGAAAUUUUCUAGACUUAAACCAAUCUCGAAACGGUGGGAAUGUGGACAGGUAGGAAGGAGAAGGGUUUACAAUCGUAAAUUUCUUCCGUAGGGUGAGUCGAGAGCCUAUGGAUUCAUUUUUCUACGUCUUAUUGUUUCGUGCCAUGAAUGCGUGCCUUGUUAAAAACAGAAAAAAAAAAAUAAUAAUUAAAAAAAAAACAAAAAAAGGCUUCCGACGAUCGCCC